AUGAAGAUCUCUUUGUCUGGCCUCGUCGUCGCUGCACUCGCAGCUUCGACGCAAGCGUCGCCCACUCCAGUGAUCAGAGAUAUCUCUGCCGACCAAAUCAUACAGAAGCGAGCUAGCAUCACAGAAGCCUGCAACAUAGGAUACUGCACACAGAAUGGAGGAACAACUGGCGGUGCCGGUGGGACGACCACAACGGUCUCGACCCUACCCCAGUUGACUGCUGCGGCCAAAGCAGAUGGUAAAGCGGUGAUCAUCGUGCAGGGUACCCUUUCUGGAAACGCCAAGGUCAAGGUCUCGUCGCACAAGACCUUGAUCGGAGCGCCUGGUAGCUCGCUGACUGGCAUCGGCUUCCAAAUUUGGAAGCAGUCCAAUGUCAUUGUGCGGAACAUGAAGAUCUCCAAGGUCCUCGCUGAAAACGGAGAUGCUAUCACAAUCCAGGCCAGCUCCAACGUCUGGGUCGAUCACUGUGACUUAUCGUCAGACAUGGAUCACGGCAAGGAUUACUACGACGGACUGUGCGAUAUAUCUCAUGGAGCUGAUUGGAUUACCAUCUCCAACACGCAUUUUCACGACCAUUACAAGGCAUCGCUUGUUGGCCACUCUGACAAGAACGGCGGCGAGGACCAGGGCCACUUUCACGUCACGUACGCCAACAACUAUUGGAGCAACAUCAACAGUCGCACCCCCUUGGUUCGAUUUGGGACCGUCCACAUAUACAACACGUACUGGAAUGGACUCGACACUGGAGUCAACACGCGCAUGGGCGCACAAGUGCUGGUUCAGUCAUCCGUCUUUGAGAACACCAAGCAGGCCAUCUUCUUUGCGUACAGCUCCGAGACUGGAUACGCUGUGGUACAGGAUGUGGACCUGGGAGGAAGUACCAACACUGCUCCCCAGGGCACUCUGACAUCUGUACCAUACCAGUACUCGCUGCUCGGAUCCAGCAAAGUCAAGGCCUCGGUGACUGCAAAUAUCAAGCCUCGAAGAGCAGUCGCCAUGGACGGCCAAAAGCUGGCAAAUCUGCUCCAGGAGAGCCAGAUCCCUGAUACCCUAAAGAUCAAGGCGAUCACCGCCGAACUCCAGAAGAACUACUACAACCACCCCGAGUCUCUUCUUCUCCUCAUCGAGAUCCUCUGCACACAUGGCGACGUCAACGUCCGCCAACAGGCAGCCGUUCAGGCAGCACGCCUGACGCCCAAGCACUGGAAGGCCAUCCCCAAGGAGCAGAAGGGCGCCGUCCGCCAGCACCUCGUCGAGGCAACAAUGAAGGAGCAGAAUGCCAAGACUCGGCACUCCGGGUCCCGCCUCAUCGCCGCCAUUGCCAACAUCGACUUCGACAACGACGAGUGGCCCGAGCUCCGCCCAGCCCUCUUCGGCCUCGCCAACAACAGCGAUGUUGCCCAGAGGGCCGUCGGCUCCUACAUCAUCUACAGUGUCCUCGAGGCAAACCCCACCCACUUCCAGGAUGACGUCCACAACCUGCUCCAACUCUUCAACCAGACCCUCAAGGACCCCCAGAGUGCUGAUGUCCGCAUCAACACCCUGAUGUCCAUCGGCGCCAUGCUCAUGCUCGUCGAGACCGAUGAGGACCAGCAAUCGGUUGACGCCAUCCAGACCCUCGUUCCCGCCAUGGUCGAUGUCCUCAAGGGCGCCGCCGAGGCCAACGACGACGAGAAGGUCAAGCAGGCCUUCGAGGUGCUGCAACAAUUCUUGGCGUACGAGUCUGUUCUCUUGGGUGCCCACCUUAAGGACCUCCUGCAAUUCAUGAUUGACCUGGCUGCCAACAAGAAUGCGGAUGACGAGGUUCGAUCCCAAGCUCUUGCCUUCCUGGCCCAGAGUGUGCGCUACCGCCGGAUGAAGAUCCAGGCAAUGCGCGACAUGUCGGCCCAGCUCGUUGUCAAGAGCAUGCAGAUCCUCACCGAGAUCGAGGACGAUGAAGACGAUGAUGAUCUGACUCCUGCUCGUUCUGCUCUCACCCUCCUUGAUCAGCUUGCCAGCGACUUGCCACCUCGUCAAGUCCUGGUGCCUCUGCUCGACGAGUUCCCCAAGUUCUCUUCCUCAAAUGACGCCUCUUUGAGGAAAGCCGGUAUCCUGGCUCUUGGCACCUGCGCCGAGGGUGCUCCCGACUUCGUCAUGACCCAGCUGAAGACCAUUCUUCCCAUCAUUCUUAGAUUGCUGAAUGACCCUGAUGGAGAGGUUCGACAUGCCUCCUUAGUCGGCCUUACCCACCUCGCUGAGGAGAUGGCCGAGGAUCUCGCCGUUGAGCAUGAGGCUAUCAUUGCUGCCCUUCUCAAGAACCUUCAGGCUGCUAUGAGCCCGGCUUCUGAUCCCAAGGCUGAGAGGAAGAACUCGGCCGUGAUCCGCUCCGUCUGCGCUGCCUUCGAUGCUCUCUCCGAGGGACUUAAGGCCGAGACCAUGAAGCAGUACGCUCAUCAACUGAUCGAUCCUAUUGGCAACCUCCUGAGCCACCCCGACUCCAAGGUCAAGAUUGCUGCUUCUGGAGCCCUGGGUGCCAUCGCUGGCUCCCUUGAAGCCGACUUCAAGCCCUACUUCGAGAAGACCAUGACUGCCCUCGGGCACUACGUUUCCAUCAAGGACAGCGAGGAGGAUCUGAUCCUGCGUAGCGGUGUGUGCGACUCUAUGGGCCGCAUUGCGCUCGCUGUUGGCCCCCAGAUGUUCCAGCCCUAUGUUGUUGAACUGAUGAAGGCCAGUGAGGAGGGUCUUCACCUUGACAACGAGAGGCUCCGCGAGACUAGCUUCAUCCUGUGGUCGUCUCUCUCCAGGGUGUACGGCAACGAAUUCAAGCCCUUCCUCUCUGGUGUGUUCAAGGGUCUCUUUGAGGCUCUUGAGCUUGAGGAGGAUGAGGUCGUUAUCAACCUCACCGAAGAGGAAAAGGCCAUUGUCGGUGACUCUGAGGAGCUUAUUACCGGCGGCAAGCGGGUCAAGCUCCGACAGGCUGAUGACGAUGAGAACGACGACAUGGGUGAUGAAGAUGACGAAGAGGACUGGGAAGACUUCGCCGGUGCUGCUGAGGCCAUGGAGAAGGAGGUUGCUGUCGAGGUUCUCGGCGACGUCAUUGCCAACUCCUGUGGGAGCGAGGAGGUCAAGGAGUACCUGGAGAAGGCUGUCGAGAUCUCCUCUAACCUCAUCGACCACCCCUACGAGGGUAUCCGCAAGGCCUCAGUGUCGACCUUGUGGCGAUCGUAUGCUCGCGUCUGGCAGCUCAUGGAAGACGAGACGGGCACCAAGUGGGAGCCUGGCUUCCCACCCAAGCAGACCCCGACACCGGUGCUUGUCAAGCUCGGUGAGAUGGUCACCAAGCCCACCAUGGAUCUGUGGGCCGAGGAGGGCGAUCGCUCUGUCGUAACCGAGAUCAACCGAAACAUCUCGGCAACCCUGAAGGCGUGCGGGCCCGCGAUCCUCUCUCAGGAGAACAUGAUCAACCAAGUCAUCACCGUCCUCACUCUCAUCAUUACUCGAUCGCACCCCUGCCAGCAAGAUCUUGGCGACGACGAGGAGGAGCAGGCCGUGGAGGAGAGCUCAGAGUACGACUGGCUGGUGAUCGACACUGCUCUCGACGUCGUUAUUGGCCUUGCUAUGGCGCUCGGCCCGGCCUUCGGCGAGCUGUGGAAGAUCUUUGAGAAGCCGAUCAUGAAGUUUGCCAGCUCCAACGAGUCGUACGAGCGCUCGACCGCCGUCGGCGUCAUUGCUGAGUGCACUGGCCACAUGGGAUCGACCGUCUCUGAGUACACGGCCAACCUGCUGCGGCUCCUGGUGCACCGCCUCUCCGAUGAGGACCCCGAGACCAAGAGCAACGCUGCCUACGGGAUCGGCCAGCUCAUUGCCAAGUCCGAGGAUAGCAAGACGUAUCUGUCGAGUUACAACGACAUCCUAUCCAAGCUGGAGCGGCUCCUGCAGGCUCAGGAGGGCGGGCACCGCACCUUUGACAACGCAGCUGGAUGUGUGUGCCGCAUGAUCAUGGCGCACCCUGACCGCGUCCCCAUUGGGGAGUAUCUCCCGGUCAUUGUCGAGAGGCUGCCGCUCACGGAAGACUUUGAGGAGAACAAGCCCAUCUACACUUGUAUCUUCAAGCUCUACGAGCACAACGAGCCUACUGUUGGCGCGCUGACCCCCAAGUUCAUUUCGCUGUUUGGCAAGGUCCUCAGCCCUCCCGAGGAGCAGCUCGAUGAUGAGACUCGGGAGCUUAUCAAGCAUGCCAUCCAGAUUCUGCACAAGUCCAAGCCGGAACUCUUCCAAGGCCACGGCGAUGUGCUGAAGCUGGCGGGCAUUGCUUGA